AAAGCGAAAAUUGUUUAAAAAUACGAAAAGGUGUGCAACAAUUAUUAGAUUACUCACUAAAAGAUUUCUGUGUAAUUUUGUGCAAAUUUGUUAAAUUAUUUACCUACAACGUGGAAAAAUGUGUAACUAAAUAUCAAAGAACUAAACUUUCGGUUUUUGUUCGUAUUAAUAAGCAAAUAUUAAUAUGGACAAAUCUAUUUUAAAUCAGUUCACCUCCUAUGUUGAGCAGCUACGCAAUACGGAAUGCAGUCAAAAAGAGAAGAUUACUUACUUCCAACAUAUUGCGGAGUGCAUUAUGUCGUCGGCGCUUGCGGGUCAUAUAAACUAUGCCACCCACAUCAAUACGGCGACCACCGUGCUGCUGCUGUUCUGUGAAGAUCUGGACCCUGUGGUGCGUAUGAACGCGGAGGAGAAUCUGAAUCGCAUAUUUCGUGCGCUGGAAAAGACACGUGUCAGUCGCAUACUUAUGGACUUGUAUGGCGAAAUAAAGCGCAAUGGCAAUCAACGCUCUUUGCGCAUCUGUUUGAACUUAUUUGCUUACUACGCGCCGCAAAUAAGAGAACGCAAUAUUAAAUGGUACGCUGUACGUUUGUUGCCCUGUUUACAAACCAUAGCUCAGCGUAAGGAGACACAGCUUUGUGAGACGCUAUGUGAAUUCGUGAGAAACUUUGGCAAAUACUUGCAAAUGGGUUUGACCGACAGUGAGUCUUGUAAGCUGUUUGAGGCUUUCAUGGCAAAUAUUGGCGUCGAGUGCGCGGUGAAACGUCGCUGCUCUGCGCAAAAUUGCAUCAGUCUAAUUGAAAAUUCGCGCAAUAAGAGUUUGAUGGCCAAACAUGGACUAAGCAAAGCAUUUGAAUUUCUACUUGCCGAUCAGCAACAACACAAUGUGGUCGGUGUGCUCGGCUUCUUGCGCUUGCUGUUGCCAUUAAUCAUACAUGGAUUCAGCACUGAUUGUCCGGACGAUUGCGAUGAUGGUCACAGCACACAGGCACACGCCGCCGCACUCAAUAAAGGCAAGGCGGCAAACACGGCACGUCCGACGAAGAUAGGUGGCUUUGGCGGCGGAACAGCAGGAGGAACGCCAGCAACAACAACUGCAAUGCCAAUCAACACAGAGUGCAGGCAAAUUAUUGAAAUUUUCGAUUAUUGUUUGCAUUUGUUGAACAUCAGCAGUGCUUCACAGCAUGCCAUCAUAAAUGCCGCACUUGAGGUCAUCAAUGCAGUAUUGCAGGCACUCGAUUCGGCUGCUGUUGGCAACAAUAACAAUAAUAUCAACAGCAGUAGUCGAGGCAACGGAAGCAGCAACAACAAUGAUAUUUUAAAAUGUUUGCAAGCAGCAUUGUGUAAUCAACAAUUGCAACAUGCCGAGUAUCUGCGGCGAAGGAAAUCAUUAAAGAAUCAAAUAUUCCAAUUGAGAAAUUAUGAAGCGGCAGCAGCAACGAGUGUGGGGCAGCAGUCAUCAACAACAGUGCCGACACCUCCCUGGCAGCAGCAACAGCGGCAGCGGAGCAGUGGCGUUGCCGGCAAUUUCAAUUUCGAAUUGACGGGAAAAGACGUUGACAACGACGAUGAAGUUGUGCUGCGUCGAGCGCCGAAUAUGCGUUUCACCGGGCGCAGCGUCAGUGAAUGUGUUAUUGACGAAGAUGAUGAUGAGACGCAUAGAACCGCAUUGUCAACAGAUUUAGUUGCCGUUGCGCAUACUGAUGUCGAUGCCGAUGAUGCCAUUGGAGGAGCCGUGUAUACCGAUGGCGUUGUUGGUGUGCUUGUCGAUGUGGAUGACGAUGACUUUACAACACUUUCGGAAAUAAAUGAACCACAACAGCUUAGGGCGUCAACGGCAGUUGCGAUGGUGCCGCCAUCCUAUGCACUUACAACAACAAUUGACGUUGAUAAUCUGAUUGAUGCAAUUGACGCGACAACAACAACAACAACAACGGCAACAGCAAGCAAUCCCAGCUGCAGCUCUGGCAAUCGCAAUCGCACUAAUAUUGACGCUGUGCAAACAAAAAUUCAAGGCAUGCAACCGCAAAACGAACAUCAACAGCAGCAGCAACAGCAACAACAACAUCACAGCAACGAGCAGCAAUCUCUCGAAAGACAGGUAGAGCCGCAAAAUUUGCUUACUGCUCCCUCGCAAAUUGGUGCUGUCAGCUUCGGAGGUGGUGUUGGCGGUGUUGGUGGCGAUGCGGGUGGCAGCGGCAGCGGCGAUGACAAAUCACAACAUUUGAGUGACAUCGACAAUGAAUCCUUCAAUAGCAUUGAUUUUGAGGCGGAAAUCACCAUAGCGGGCAUGACGGGCGCGACGGGCACCAGUGCGGAUGGUUCGCCCACAAAAAGCAAUGCUGAGCUUAUAACAACAACCAGCAGCAUAAGCGGUGACACGGCGGCUGCUGCUGCUGCUCCGGCUGCAGCCAACGACAACGCUGUCGGCAACAAAUUGAGCAGCAGCACUGACACAAUUGGCUCGUUCUUUAACAAUUUGAUUUCGAAUGCAGCUUCCGAAUCGAUGAGCAAACUGUUUCGCCCGUCUUCAGCUGUACGUGCCACGCCUACCAAAAGCGCGCCACCCACCGCAAGCGAUAAGUUCGAUGUAGCCUCAACUGCAUCGGCGGCGCCCAGCACGGCCCCUGCGGAUAGUAUUUCAUUGAUAUCGGUAGCAAGUAGCGGUAAUAAAGCGCUGGAUUCGGGUAAUUCUGCCGCAGCGGAUCCGCAAUCUGACUCCGUGCAUACAUAUACACACUCGAUUGCCAGUUCCUCUUUGGGCAUGCAUGACGACACGGUGUCCACGGCAUUGUUGGUAGAUACCAGUUUGCAAAGCGCGACUGAAUAUGACACUGAGCGGACGGCUGCACAGACUGAUACUAUGGGAAGAGAGCGACGCGUACCGAAUGCAAAUCCCUUCUUGAACGACAAAACGUUGGUGGAACAGUCCGCUUCGGGUCUAUCAUCGCUGCUCACCUUAAAAAUCGGCACUCCCUUCGAACAAUCGCUCGUACGCUACACGGCGCGUUUGAUAGCCGCGCGUUUCUUGCUUACCGGCCAAGCAAGCGUUUUGCUGAAUGACACGCAAAUACGCAUCUCCAUCAAGAGCCUUUCGCUGUCGGUGCUGGCGCAUUGUGUGCGCUUCGACCCAGAAGUGUUGCAACUGCCGUUGGAGAUCAGCGCGCGUGAGUUGCUAGCUGUGAGCAAGCGGUCGCCCGUGCUCGGCGCCACGGCGACUAUACCAAGUUCGUCGAAAAGCUCAAGCGCCAGCGCCAGUCCGCAAAGCGACGACAAUGUCAGCGGCAGCAGCUCGAAUUUGGGUAAAGAUUAUGAGCACUUGGAUGCUGUGGACUUCAUUAAGAGCGGCGGCGCCCAAGCCACGUUGACAACAGCCGCGGUGCUUAAUGAUUUGCCCGCUGAAUUGCAACUGCUCGAAAUCAAAGACGAUCAUUUCGGCAAAAGUACAUGUGAUUAUUUUUUGCAUUCCACAACGGAGCUCAGCAAGAGUGCCGAUCCGGUGCUGAUGUCACAACAAAUGCGUGUCGGGUCCAGCAAACCCGCUGCGCAACUCGCGCAGCAAUCCUUAUCGAAAUCGGAAAUUAUUGCCUCGAAAAAAUCGCAGAAACAGCAACCGCAGCGCGCGUCAAAUCAGUCGCACUCCUCGCCUUAUCGCGUCACCGAAUCCGCGGAGGAUGCGCCACCACAAAUGCUGCCGCCGCGUCCGCCUAAGCGCACGAAAUCGCAGCGCAAAUCGAUUGCCGCCGCUACAGCCACAGUCACUGCGCUGAUGCAAAUUGAUGAGCAUAUUAGCAGACGGCCUGCACCAGACGCGCCUACACAACAACACCAACAACUGACAGAUGUGCUGCUCUACUAUAAUCACAGCGAUCCGAUGCUGCGCGGUGGCGUUCAGCAAAUUAUUGGUGGAUUUCUGCAAGCGAUGGACGUAAAGGAUUUGCGCGUUAGCUUAAAGUUGAAUGUGCAACAUCUAUUGGCGAUGCUUGUGAAGGGUCUGCAGGACGACAUACACACGGUGGUCAUACAGGCGUUGAAUGCAUUCGAGAAGAUAUUUCCGUAUGUGGUGUCCAAAUAUUUGAUGUUGCCGGCAGCGCAUCAUCAGCAAAAGCAACAAAAUCGACUACAACAGCAACAACAACAAACGCAUGCCGACAGCACUCCAAGUACGGUUAAAGCAGCGUCAGCAGCUGAAGCAGUUGAUAAGAGUGGCAGGAAAUGCCAUGCUAAUGCCGCUGGCCAAGUGCCACAACAACAACAGCAACAGCAGCAGCAGCAGUACACUAACGAUGCAACAAAGUGUAGCUUUCGCACACACGUUAGCUGCAAAUCGCCAGCAACAACUACUAAGACAUGUCCUCGAACGCUUUUCAACGAUAAUGAUGCGCUUAUAGCUGCACUUUUGAAUGAUUUUCAAUUGCAAUCGAAAUCGAAUCGUAACGGCAACGACAACACCAACAACACCAACGACCAGAACGUCGUCCAUACAAAUGAUACUGGCACUCAGCCGCAGACGUCAGCUCUGGCAGCCGGCAAUACAACUGAUGCACAUGCACUGCCACAUCCGCAUCCGCUGGCCGCUGCCUUUCGCAUUUCACCGAAAUUGCUGUUGAGCAAACUUCGUCUAUGUCAUUACAACAAAUAUUGGUUAGUUCAAAAUAAAUACGCCGAAGUUAUUUCGAAUUUAAAUUAUGCUGCCUUACAUGCGGCAUGCAACGAUUGCCAUGGCUACUGUUGUGGCACAGCGAUUGGCUGUGCAUGUGACAUUGACGGCGGCGGCGGCGGCGGUGGUGCUGAAGUGCUGCAAGACGCCGCCACCGACCCUGUCAGUUGUCAGUGCUGUGACGUCUUCGUUACUGAUAACAAUACCGUUAAUGCCACAUUGCCCGGCGGUGAUGGUGCAAAUGCCACCAAGGAUGCUGCGUAUGCGUGCGGUGCGGAUAUGUCAUACAAGGAUUUGGAUGAUAGUGUCUGCAUUUACGAGUCACAAUUUUUGGAUGAACUUUUGCAAUUGAUCGGCAACGAUGAUUUCCGUGUCAGAGAAAACGCGGCACUUUGCCUCUGCCGCUUCAUCAUACAAAAUGCAAAACGCAAGCAACAACAACAACAAGAGCUACAACAACAGAAUGACAGCGAAAUAUUCACCUCGUCCAAUAAAAGUGGAAAUUCGGGUGUUGCGCCUUUCGGUUUCGCCGCGAGCGCGGCUGCUGCUGCAAUUGGCGACGACAAAUCGCUCUCGCCGGCCACCUAUGAAACUAAUUUCAAUUUGCUGUGGGACUUUUUCGACUAUCGUCUGUUUAGCGGUCUGCCAUUGGCGUUACGUAAUUUAUUCAGAGCCACGUCAUCGCCAGCAUUGCCGUCGACGACAACUGCCACAGAAGUCACAACAGCGGCCUCAUCGCUCGAUGUUAACGGUGAUUUUUCAAUUGCGCUGCCGCAACGUCAUCGCGCGGAAGAGGAGCGUUUGUUGGCGAAAGUUUUGUAUCGCAUGACAAAUAAACUGAUGGAGCUCGAGGAUAAAAAUGCACAGUUUGGCAUAAUUUACACAUUGAAAAUGUUGCUACAAGAUUUCAAUUUCAUUGAUUACCAACGUGCAUGGAUGGAAUUUAAUUUCAUUGAAAUCUGUCAGAGAUUCUCCUAUUACAAUUAUGCCACAGCCGUGGACUUGGCUUGCCAGAAUGAUUUGAUUGAUGUUACAGGCAAACUAAUGGCAGGUUACAUGCUGGCCUCCACGCUAACCGCUGAUCAACCGGAACGUGCCCUGCAAUUACAAUUGGAUCAACUGUUGGUGCACGUCAUGAAGAUACUCAAUAUCUACUAUCAUUUGAUUACGCAGCAGAAGCCCCAGCUUUUCGUGAAAGUGCAGAAGAGCGAUCUGUUCGCCAAUGCGAAGGAAUUGGCGCUGGUGCAGAGCGUCGGAUAUUUCGGCAGCGAUUACAUUUAUAUAAAACUUUACAACAUUUUAAGAAGUGCUAAUGACAGCUACAAGAUAACGAUAAAUCAAGAAUCCGGCAGGUUAUUAAUUUCACUACUCCGGACGUGCCUCAACACUUUGGGCCUUUGCAUUGAAUUGCGCGCACACACCGCACCAACACCCGCCGGCACGCCCACCGGCCACACUCCCAGCCAUGGACGGCAGCGCGGUCACAGUCCCGGCAGCAGUGGCGCGGAUACUGCAUUCAACGCUGGACCCGGCGGUAGUGGCGGCGGUGGUGGCGGAGUCUUCCCAACCAACGCCACUCUAAAAUUAAUUGAAGAAAUUCUCCAGUAUUUGAGCAAACUCGUAAAUUAUGCGCCCGGCGAGUGCAUCGCAUGUCUGCGGCAACUGUUGAAAUAUUUAUUUGGCCAAAAUUAUGGCAACCAGCAGCGAGACUAUUAUGCCACAUUCAUAAGACCGUAUUUUGUGGUGCGCAGCAAAGGACAACAGCUGCAGCUACACCUACAGCAGCAGCAGCAGCAGAGUCCGCAGAAACAACAAAAAUGGCCAACAACAUACAACAAACAACAACAGCAACAGCCACAGCAGGGUAGUAGUGGCAGCAGCCGUAGAGGCAGCAAUAGCAGCAGCGGUAGUAAGUUCACGCAAGCCAGUGGCGAUCAACAGCAGACUAUGAGCAUGUUGCAUGCCAUAAAUUCCGGUGUGGCAACAACAUUGGCUUCCACGGCCGCAGCAGGAGGACUGCCGAGAUCAAUGGCAACAGCAAGUGAUGGCUCAACCAGCGCGCUGCGUGGCGGGGCAGCGGGUGACGGUUUGUCGACCCCGACAAUGACUACGUCAACUGUCAGACACAAUGAGCCGCAUAUAAUUGGUGCACAAGCGACUUAUGCCAACCGUGGUCAGGCGCUCAUUGACUCCGUCGGCGGCUCGCAUGCCAGUGGCGGUGUGCGUGCAGCUGUUGCUGUUGGCGACUAUCACAAUCAACCGUACUUGUCGGCUACGGAAUACUAUCGCUUGAUGGGCGAAUUAUUUGCGAGCGGCCUAAAUUUGCAAGCUGCCAAGUCGGAGCGUGCCGGUGACUGUGUCAAGCAUAUUAAACUGUUUGAGCCGUUGGUAAUCUAUUGUCUCAUGCUUUUCCUCAAAUCGAAUGCACGUGUCCAGGCGCCCAUAUUGGAGUUGUUGUCGCAGUUGCUGGAACUCAAUGUCACUUACAGUGUGUUGGACUCGAAAAAUGUAAUAUUUGAUCAGAUUUUAAACAAUUUGGAUUUAAUUGAAAAUGGCAUAGUCAGAAAUGGUCCAGUCAUCAUUCCACCAAUGAUCAAGUUCCUCAUACAAUUGACACACAAGAGUGAUCGCAAACUGAUAACAAUACCGAAAAUCAUCAGCAUCACCAACAAUUUACUCGCUAACAAUGCGGUGCUGGACUGUGCUGUGCUCGCGCUCAAAUCGCUCUCCUACGAGAUCUUCUUCAUGCCGCUCGUCGGUGGCAAUGCCGCACUCAACACGCUCGCUGACUAUCGGGCACCCUUUCAAAGUCCCGUCACACGUUCGCCGGUACAACAACGUCGUCACGCUGCUGAGGAGUCGGCCGCCGCCGCUGCUGCGGCUGAAGCGUUGCUGGCGAAUAGCCGCGAGUUGGAUACACAAAAGGAGGUGGUGUUAGGUAUGUUGGAGAAAUUUGUCGAUGCCAAUGAGUUGCAGCAUGUUGUGGCCUUGUUGUUGUUGCGCGAGCGCUGUGCUCAGCAAAUGGAUGGCGGCGCAUUUGCGCGACGCAUGGAUGGAGGGGAUGCCUCGUCAGUGGAGCGGCAGAAGAGUAGUUGCAUUUUGGAAUCGACUCGGUUGCAAGAUCCCGGCGUGGUUUAUGCUCUGAUCUGCCGCGCUAUGUGUGACGGGCGUCUGGGCGUGCAGAACUGGCGAGAUUUUUACACGCUUGAGUCGUGUUUCAAGAACUAUAGCAAGUAUGUGCUGGCGGAUAGCAAGAAUUUUCUGGCUUUGCUGCAGCUAUUUUUAACGGAGGGCGUGGAGAGCUUUUCCGCCUUGUCGCAUGCAACGAUCAUACUGGCGAAUGUAAUUCUUAAAACUGAGGAAAUUUAUUUAGUAAAUCACAUCAAACUUUAUUUGAAAAACCAUCCGGCGGUGGAGGAGCGUGAACGCGAACGCGCCAACAACCAACGCAAGCAGCAGCAGCAACAACAAAAGCGCGCGGCGCUCUGGCUGUUGGACGGCCCAUCGACAUCUUCGGCAGCGGCGCGUGCAGCCGCCACAGUAGCAGCCGAUGCGGGUGCAGCGUCGAGUGGGGGCGGCGGCGGCGGCAUAAGUGAAAUUAACUAUUUCGCAAAAGUUUUAUGCGAAAAGCUGGAGCAUUGCUUUGACGCUGUCUCUGGCGCUGGCACUGGCACUGACAGCACGAUGCCACCCUGUGGCGAUUUGCCCUACUGUCAGUUGAUGUGUCGCUUCGUCGCCGUUUUGCAUGAGGUCUGCUGUCGUUCGCGGCACAAGGAUGCGCUGCAAUCGGUUUUUCGUUUGGUACUGGCCGAAUCGGCAUUGCUCGAUAAGUACUGUAAUUUCCUGACGAUGGAUCAGUGGCAGCAGCAGCAACAGAAGACGAGUACGGAUGCCGAGGUGGAUGCAGACGCUGGCAAUGUUACUGCGCUUGAUUGUGGCACGGCGGUGCCGGUGGGGCAGGCGUUGCAGUUGCAGCUGGAAGUCUUGAAACUUUUGUCGGCCAUGAAAUUGCUGGAUCCGGUGGUGAUGUUGCAAUUGCUAAAGCAACAAAAACAAAACGCAUUACAACAACUACAGCAACAAAAACAACAGCAGCAGCAGCAACUACAACAAAUGGCAACAAAUAAAGAGCGACUGAAGUGGUACGACAACAUGCAGAGGACACUUCUGAGUGAAAUUUGCCAGCAAAAUCCGUAUGCGCGCGACUGGUCAACGCAACAAGUGCGCCAAUUGCUGGAGUUGGGCGAUGCAACGUUUCUGAAUUUCCUAAUUACGGAGAAUUUCGAAUUAAUCAGCGAUUUGUGUGAAGUGGCUGCCGCGCAGACAGCAACGCAGGCGACGCGGGAAGACGCAUUGGACGCAUUAUGGUUGAGAGCGUUGCUGCAGUAUGCUAAUGCGCUCAACAAGCACUCGAUACGCGCGCUGCCGCCUCUACUGCUCCGCUUAUGCAACGCCACAAGGACCUCCGUUACCGGUUGUAAUCUGCAAAUGGCGCUACUUAGUCUACAAGUAGUGCAGCGCUUACACACGCGCAACAACAAUGCGCGCGCCUUGCAAGUGCGUUUGGAACGCUUAGCGCGUCGGCUUGUAUUCAACUGCAGCGCCGCGCCACUCCAACGUCAGCAGUUAUUGCAGCAACUGACGGAAUUGGCUGGGGAUUCACUAACGGCGCUGGGCAGCAACAGCUCAUCAGCGACUUUCUGGCAGCAAUUGUUGUUGGACACUCAAGAAUGCAAACUGGCUGCUCAACCAUUAGCAGCGCUGAAGCAGGAGCAACAGCAACAGCAGGAGCUGCAGCUACAGCAGCGCAUAAUUGACGAGAAGUGGCUGUUGAGCCAGUUAAUUAAAUUCUCCGCACAAUCGGACUAUGGCGCCCAACAACUAUCGCGUAUUCUGCUGGAGAUACAAUCCGAACAAAAACUCUACAAAAUAUUCAGCAGCGUUGAGUUCGCGGUGGCGCGAGUGUUGCGGCAUGCAAUUGCCAGCUCAAUGCAAGCGAUGCUGGCCGCCUUUCGCAACAACUGCAUACAACAUAAUCCGCAUAUACACUACAUGCAACCGAAUCCGUUAGUGCGCGUUACGCUGGCCGUCUUGAUGACACGUAUUAGCGAGGAAAUUGCCGCAGCAGGCAACCGUAGAGACCUACACAUACCAAUUAUGGCAACGCCGAGCGCUGGUUUUACGGCGGAGGCGGUGCCGACAAGCGGUGAUACCGAGGGGCGUGUGGUCAGUGCCGAUGGUUUUUACUUAUGUGACAGUGUGGCCACACUGUUGGAGCAGGUGAAGAAAGUGGAGGACACCGCAUUGCUCUACAUCGAGUCCAGAUUCAUCGAUAAGUUUGUGCGCGAGCAACUCCUGCGGCACGAACAUGUGGCAACACUGUUGGGCUUCUUGGAUUGGUGUUGCUGGCAGGCACAGCAACUGCUGCAGCAACAACAGGAACAACAAUGCCAACAACAACAACAAUACACACUUGCAUUGUUGCAAUGUAUUGCGGCAUUGUUGCAACAACGCUUCAUCUGGACGGAACUUAAUCAAAUGGAAAAGCCAAGUGCCGCAUCGAUAAUAACAACAACAGCAAUGGCGGAAGGUAAUGCCGCUACGGCAGCACAGAAUCCCAGCACCACUGCUGGUAGCCUAUUGUCGCCUCAACAGCGUAAUUUGUUGUUGUGCCGUGUGCUGGACGUCUUGGUAUUGGCCGCCAGGCAGUCACUGCAACACACCAUCUUCUACAAGCAUUACAGGCAACAAGCGAUAGUGGUCGACGGCAGUGCGAGUGCCGAUGGCGACACACCCAUCGACAGUGAGCAGCAGAAUAUCUUCAAUGCAUUGUCUGCCGCAGCGGCAGCCACGGCUCUGGAGUGCGCUUUGCAAACAAAAGACAACGCGUCGGAAGACAGUGAUGUUGCCAUCGGACGCCUGUUGCAGGCGUACGCACCGCAGGCUGUUUUCAUAGCGAAAUUGAUAGAGAUGCGCGCCGAGGAGACAACGAGUGGAGCGGCCCAUCUCUCAGCCGCCUACCUCACCGGUGGCUCAGGCAAAGGUGUCUUCUCUUUGGGCAGUGUAGGCGGUGCGCUGAGUGGUGGUGGCGGCAGCGGUAUGACUUCAGGUGCUGCGGGUGCGGUUGGCGGUGCUGCUGCAAGUGGGGUGCGUGCGGAGUUCGAUAAUGGCAGCAAUGCCGGUGGCAUCCAAAUACCAAUGCACAUUUUAUCCAUGAUUGGCACUGCAGUGAUGCGCACGAAUCAGUUUUAUGCUUAUGCCGUAACACCGUUCGAAAUAAUACAACAACAACAACGUGAAUUACGUAUAGAACAAUUGUCACCGGCCAAACGUGCUGGUCAAACGUCACAAACAACGGCCUCAGCAGCAACAACGGCAGCCGCUUCGAGUGGUAAGCUGCCAACGAUUCCCGUGGAGAGUCUCAGCGAUGUCGAUGUGCUACGGAAAUUCGUGAAGAGAUUAUCAAUUUUUGGCUUUACCACACGUCAACAAUUCGAAGAGUACUUUAUGACAUUCCUGCUAUUAAUCAAUAAAGUUUACGAUGAGAAUAUGGUUGACGAGCAGGAGCAAUUUCAAAUAAGAUCCACAUGCUUGGAAGCGAUUUUGGAACUUUUAAUUACAUAUAAAACUUUUCCAAUUGUGGGUAAUAAACUUUCGCAUUUUCAUCAUACGACACGGUGGACUCGCAUUAAUUGCGACAGCAUUAGCUUAAAGAAAUUACACAAAGUGCAGUUACUCGUCUCCGAGGCGAACAUCUUCUAUCAUCCCAACUUGGAGCGCGAACUGCGCGCUGACUGCGACGCACACGCCAACUACAACAGCUUCGCGUGUCGACUGCGUGACACCGUCAUCGGCACUAACCAAUUUAGAGUCAAUCAAUAUGAUUUGAAUUUUAUGUGGCAACAAAUGGAGGCGUACGCACAAUACACAGCCAACAGCAGCGCGCCGGAUGCGCAACCACAGAGCGGCGGCAGCGGUGGCGGCGGAGAUAUUGGCGCCACCAUCGAACGGCGUUCCAAGCGCGGUCCGGGUGCGCCGCGGGAUAACGAGGAUGUUGCAACGAAGAAUUACCGCUACUUCACAGCGCAGUCAGGCGUGGAUUUCAAGAGUAGCACGCAGCUGAUUUUCGAUGUGCUAAUGCAGAUAAUUGAGCACAAUCACAUUUUGGUCUUACCAAAUCUGGUGAAAUUCACUGAAAUCUGCGAGAGUCGUGAUCAAAUCAAAUGGAUUAAGGAGAAAGCUUUAAAAUUGCAAGAGACAAUACCAAUGGAUGACACCAUUUCACAUCAGCACUUAAUCUACUUACUGUGCAAAACGCAAGCAAUGCUGAUACCCACACUCGGUGAAUUGCAACAAUUGUGCCAGCUCAUUGGCAAUUACUUGAAGAGUUCGCACAUCUUCAUACGAAAUGCAACGCUGGCCGGUCUGCUCUGUCUGCUCGAAUGCUGUUCGAAGACCAAUACCACCAUCGGUCGGCUGAGUGAUGAGUUGGCUUUGCUGCGCGAGCUGAUUGUGGGCUACAUCAAUCGUCAUGGGAUUAUCGAUGUUAGCGCAAUGCAAUGCAGCGACACACAUACAAAGCUGGUUUGGACGCUCAAUUAUUGUCUCAUCGAAUGGACAUCGAAAUUCGUGCCACAAUGUCACCUGCUGUCGAAUACAGUAAUUGCAGCUGGUAAUUUCCUGAGGAAAACCAAUAAUGAGGAUGUCUACUUGUGUGUUUUGCAUGGUCUCGAACGCAUGGUGGUCAUUAGUAAUACCGGCAAUGGUGGCAUGAGCACAUCAGGCUCAUCAGGUAUCAGUAACCCCAUUGGUUCACUAGGUGUUGGCAUAGUAACACCAAUGUUGCGCAACAAAAUCGAGAAAUUAGCAUUGGAUUUGGUUAAAUUGGAGAAUGAGCGAUUCUCAAUACCGGCGCUGCAACUGCUGCUCUCCUGCAUGUAUAUGGGUUCAGCUAAGCAACUGGAAAAUACGGAACUCUCCAAUGGCAUUGUCCAAGACGAACCGGAGAUAAUCGCCCAACAGACCGAUAAAGUCGAUAUACUGCUACAUUGUAUUAAAUCAGCAACGCGUGAUGCCGCCUGGAUUUAUGGACAAGUGUUGUGCCAAAUUAUACGUGAUUUAGUGCCACCGAAUGAAAUAUUGACGAAGGUCAUAAAAGAGUUUCUCGCUAUAAAUCAACCGCAUUGCGAUGUUAUUGCAAUGAUUGUGUAUCAGGUUUUCCGCUGCGCCAUCGAUUCAACAUUCUUGCAAGUGUUGCAAGACUGGCUCAUAUGCUCGCUGCCAACAUUCCUGGCCUUACCUGCACAAAAAGCUGUCUGGUGUCUGAGCGUCAUCUUUUUAUCCGCUUCCAUAAAUCUGCAUUUGAUUAAACUAUUUCCGGUGUUGCUAAGCACCGGUGCCGCAGCAGCUGCCACAGAAGCAACAACAACGAGCGGCGCAGGAGGCAUUGGAGUCGCUGCAGGUGCUGGUGGAGGCAGUGUGGAUGCCACGACGGCAGCUGGUCUCACACUCACUGCUGGAGCUGGAGCUGGUGCUGGUGCUGAUGUUGUUGUUGGCGAAUUUCAUAAAUUGGGUCAACACGAGAUUGCUUUGUUCGUGACAGCUGCCGUAGAUUUUCAUGCGAAAUUGAGUGCGGAGCAGCGGCUGCGUUUCCGUGAUGCCUUUGAGAAAUUCGCACACAGGCAGCCGGUUUAUGCUCAGCUGUUGCUGAGUCUCUGAUUUAGUCACGCAUAGCGACAGUAACAGCAACAGCAACAGCAACGGCAAUGAAAUCAACCGAUAGCAUCAUUAUUCGUAUUGUUGUUGUUGUUUUUGCUGUUGUUGCCAUUAUCGUAUGCCAUUGUAGCCGUAAUAUGCGUAUUAGUUUUGUUUCUUGUUGCCGUUGUGGCAAGCAGCAAGCGAGUUGGACAGACGUGGUGUUUAUGCACAUUUAUGUGCCUGUGUGUGUGUAUGUGUGUAAAGGAAGUCCACCUUUUGCUGUCGUGCCGUUGCCAGCCUUCGUAGUAGGUUUAAUUUAAUGGUCAAUAUUACUGUAAACCACAUCCAUUCAUAUAUGUAUACUCGUUUAGAUAAGCGCCGCAGCGUCAUUAAGCUGAAAGUUUACACAGAUUAUGAAAUUUGUUGUUGCUUAUGUUUCAUUUCUUUGUGCGUCUUGGAUCUAUGUGCAACUGAGUUGAUUUAUUUGAUAGUGUUUGAAAUGAGUUUUGGGGUUAGAAAAAUGUCUUUAUUUUGAGGAAGGUUAUAAAAUGUGUUAAAAUAAUUAAAAUAAUAAUAAGUAAUAUUUGUUCGCUUCUGAUUCAUUUAAUAAAAAUGCCAAUAACUUUAUUAAUUGAUUUAAUAUAUAUUUCGCAAUUAAUAUUUAUAUAUAUAAAAGUCUUCAUACAAUCCAAUGAAGUACGUUUUAAUUAAGUAAUUAAGUUUCUUCGUUGUACUCAAUUAAGCAUAUAAUGAGGCAAUUAACUGAUUGAGCAAUUAGUAUUUAUUUAAAUGACAAUUAACUUAUGUAAAAUGUUCCUUGCUGGUCCGGUGAAUUAUGUUAAGUGGCUAUACCAGUGUAACCCAUGAAAAAUUAGGUGAUUUUUGUGAAUUGCUUUUCUUUUUAAGUACUCGAUAGAAUGUUUUGAAGUUUUUUGGACAUAAUAAGGUAUAUUUUCAGCUUUAUUUUAAGAUUUUUCUUUUUACAAAAAUAUUGAAAAAUAUCGUAGUUAGGUGCUGUCUUGGGAGGUACCGAAAAAAACAUUCCCUAACUGCUGACAUGAUUCCGGCCGAAUGAGUAGCUGAAUCAAAAAAAUUCGAAAGGAUAUUAAAGUUGAAGAUAUUUCCUAUACAAUGACCUACGAUUUUUGAAAAAUAUCACAAAUUGACAAAAUGGCGUAGUUCUGAAAAAUGUCGUUUUUUUUUAGGUAAAAAAUGGUAGUUUUUUAAUGCCAAAUUGACAAUUUUCAACCAAAUUCAAAAUAUAUUCAAGAGUAUUCAGUUUAAAUGUGAAGUCGAUCGGUCAAUUUCUCGUUGAGUUAUGAUGUCAGCAGUUUUCGCAGCAGAAAAUCGCUUUUAAAGUUUCGACUAUGGCGGCUUAUGCCAGCGAGCGGUCACUCUUUAGAACGCUGUCAAUCUAAAACUUUUCAAAACACGACCUUGCUGCUUUCACAGGAUAUGAACUAUCGGUUAAGCAAAAAAAAAAAAGAUUUUUUGAAAAUGUCACACUGGUAUAACCCCUUAAAUGAGUGAAAGGGUAACACAUAUUCAGUGAGCAUUUUUGUUAGUGUAGAAACUGAUUUCGAAACUUGAAUGCAUUGUGCAGAAAUGUUCAAUAAUUUAAUAAAAAAAUAUUGAGCUAUUAUCCAUUUUAAAUAUUUGGAAUGCUUCAAAAACAACACAAAACACCUGAUGGACAGCUGUAAAAUAUUAAUUGUUUAGGCCUAAUUGAGUAAGUUUUAACACAAAAAACGUUGAUUCAAUUUAAAACUUAAUUGCCUCAGUUAAUUGAAGCGUCAUUUCAUGAUCAUUCAAAAUUUAAAUAAAAAGUAGGUGUGUGUAUUAAAAAAGUAUUGCAAAUUGGUGAAGAGCAAUCAUUAUUUGUUUACAAUUUGAGUUUUUUUUUCCUUAUAAUAUUCAAAAUUAUUCGGAAUAGUUUCCAUGAGUACCAUUCAUAAUAUCUUUCCGUUCAUAUUAUUCAUGUAUCUUGUUCCACACUUGUCGCUCAAAGUAUAAAGUUCUUGAGAAUAAAAAUUAAGGUUUAAGCAAUCGGGGUAACAAAUUUGAAAAAUUGUGAUAUUUUCUAGAAUGAUAAUGUGAUAGAAGGCUAUCGCCAGCUUAUUUCAAAGGAGUAUUUCAUGCGAAGUGCCCUAUUUUUAGAUUAUUUGGGUAAAUUUUAGCUGUAUUCUAUAUUUAUUAUGACAUUUGGUCUUUAAAUUUUUAAGAAACUGAAGUUUUAGAAUUUGAAAAUAUUGAUGAGAAAUUGAAUUUUGAUCAUGAUUCGUAAAUGAAACGAACAAUAACGUUUAAAUUAGUUUUUUUUUUUUCAAAUUGUAAAUUGUUGUCAAAUAAAUUGUAAUGAGAUUAGUUGAUUUUCAAAAUUUUAUUUACACGUAAAUUAAGUUUACUAAUAAUUCUUAUAAUUUGAAAAUUAAUAGAAAAUUAGAACUGAAAAUACUCGAAUCGAAAAAUUAUGCAAAUUUUGAAAUUUAAAAUUAAGAAAUUAAAAUUAUUUAUUAAAAAAAACUUUAAAGCAGUUUAAGCGUGUUUGAAAGCCAAAAUUAUUCGUUGCUUUAGCAAAGUGGAUAGUGUUCUUCCUAUUUCUAAAUAAUUUUUUUAAUUAAUAGAUCAAAAUUUUUUUUAAAUGUUGAACAUGUCCAGCUAUUCUCGAGAUAAAAAUCAUCUUCAAAAGCUCUAAAUAAGCUAGAAUUAAAAAUUAAAAAAAAAAAUACUAAUUUAAGCUAAGCUGUAAAGUUUUCGAAACAACUCACUGAAAAUCUAAGUAAAUGAGACACAUGUCCUGUUAAGUAAAACAUUUUAAAACUGUUCAAAUAAUUAAAUGUGUCCUUCAUAUACAUAUACACACACACAUAUUUAUUCAAACAUAUGCCCAGUGUUGACCGCCUUUCGUUAUUCUAAUUUCCUCGCUGCGUACUUCUAAAUAUUAUUUAAGUUUCGUUUAAUUGCGAGCGAUGUGAUUCGUCGCACGAAACUGCCAAAAACAACAGCAACAAAGUAAGUAACGUCUAUAUGCAUGCACAUCGACAGCACCGCAACCACUCGGCUAAAACUCGUAUUUACAGUUAGUAAAUGGUAACAUCUUUUCCUCUAAGCGCAAACACACCCACACACACACACGUACACCCGCAGUCCUCAAAUAUUUUGCACAACUUUGGCGAACUUUUUUUUUCUUCUUCGUUCGCUCUACUUGUUGUAGUUGCUACUACCGCAAGUUGAGUGAAAAGCAAAAGUUACGGCAUACAUUUUUCACUCCGCAAGCGGCCGCACACCUCCGCCGGUGCUGCCAUUCCCACUGCUAUUUGAAAAUUGUCUAAGAUAAAGACAAGCGUGAAUAACUAAUUGCCAAGAUUGGCAGCAGCAGCCGCAGCCACGAAAGUGGAAGUUACGCUGGACGAUGACAGUUAAGCCUACAGAUAUGUAAAUAGAUUUAGCGGUAUAUCUGUAUGUAAGGACUAGUUUAGCUGCGGCGCUGUGGGACUGCACACUCAUCAAGCAAGUCGGUCCAGCAAGCUUUGCUGCUCAAGCGCUCCAAACUUCUUACCACCGCACCUCACCACAACCACCUAACCAGUAUCUCCUAGGGCCCAGAGCAGCAGAAAUCAAGAAUCCACAACGCAAUCCACCCAGUCCCAGCAAAUGUCAGCAGUCUUGCAGUACUCGAAUGUCGCCAACUCACCGCGCUGGAUGUCUUGACUGCGUGAAUGAGCACAAAGCGAGAUCUUAGAUGACCGGGCGACUUGAAACCCUCACCGCUCUGUGCGCUUGGAAGCUGCUGAAUUAACUACGCUCAGCCAUUUGCGCCGCUGCACACGCCGAGUAAGCGCCAGCAUCUUGCAGCACGUCGCAGCGUCUGUCAAUGCAAAUGAUGAAAGUUUUUAAUAAUUCGCGAUUUCUUUUCGUCGUUUUUGUUAGUUAAGAAUUAAAAUUAAUUUAUGUCAUACGUAUGCACGAGUAUUUAUGUCUCUCACUAUGCACAACUCUGUAUAAUUAUAUGUAUCAAUGCGCUAUGUAACUAAUAUUAAAAUUGUGAAUUCGUAAAGCGCGAGCGUUGAAGAGUGGCGGAGAGAGAGCGGAUAUAAUGAUUAGCAACUUUCUAGUUGCGUGCGCCAAGUGGCGCGGAAGUGAGCUCCGGUGGGGUGGGGUGAAAGCGCCGUUGGCAGCACUUGAGUGAAAUCAAAAAACUUUCGCAAAAUUGUUAUUUGCCUAAUAAGAAAGCUCAGCUCAGCGCCGAGCCGCAGCCGCAGCCGAGUGACCUCAGUUGCGGAUGGAAGUUGAUUUAGUUUUUGCGGUUUGUCAAAGUAGUUAGUGUGAAUGGGUUUUUGUUUGCUUAAAGAUAACAAAUUGGAAUUGAAUGGGCUUUAGAAAAUUUUCUCAAAGCAAUCCAAGUAGAAAGCACCGUAAUAGACAUGCAACUAAAAAUAAAAAAAUAAAUAAAUAAAUAUUUAAAAGCAGAAAGUAGCAAGUAGAAUGCAACUGUGUAUUUAUUACUACGUGAUAUAAAAGCGCCUAAAAUUAAUUAAAAUAUUAUAUAAAUAUGAAAAUAAUUUUUUUUCGUGUUUAAAAAUUCUCGUUUCGUUGACAUUUUGUUUUUGUAAUUUUCUUUUGCUAGAGAGAAUUCAAAGGAAAUAAUUAAAUAUCUAUAAUUUUAAAUAUCACUAAUAUAAAUGGAAAAUAUUGUUA